GCCGGUGACACACGAGAGCGCUCCGCGGUCCAUCGCCUGGAUAAAUUAAAAAAGUAAUUUAAAAACAAACUGCCGCUAAUUCAAGUGUUUUUUUUUUCUAAUCUGUGGCGUUUUUUACGUUUGGAUGUGGAGCUUUUUGGCGCGUAACAAGCAGGUGGCGGCGAUGCUGGGCGUUUUGGCUUUAGCGGCGGUUGUGGUGGUAGUAUUGACCACGAAAGGCGCCGGCUCUAGUAUGGAGGAAAAAGGCCCGGAGGAAGCAGAGGAUGUUAGUGAUGACCCGCAUAUUUUUUCUACUCAUAGCCUCCCAUCCGAAGACCGCUUCAUGCCCUCCAUCGGCAACGGGCACAUAGCCACCAACAUAUUCUCCGACACCGUCUAUCUCAACGGCCUCUACAAUGGCCACAAAGGCGAGAGCCACAGAGCCCGGAUCCCCGCUUGGGCGAACGUGCGACUCAACUCGACGCUGACUCACCGACCAUUCGCCCCUGUGUAUAGUUUGAACACAAGAGACGGCGUGUUUACUGUGAGAGUCGACAGGGACCGGUCCGUGGUAACGCAGAGGAUAUUCGCGCAUAGGUUUUACACUAGAGCUAUUGUUAAUCAGAUUGAAGUUACGUCUAAGACGUAUGCUGAUCCAAAUCGGCCACAUCGCGACAUAUGGAUUGCCGUAAAACUAAUGCCAGGCUCCGAAACCAGUGAUGACAUCAAUUUCGAACCCCCCGUUCCGGAGGUAUUCCACGGACGAACAAUCAAGUCUAGCUGCGGGAAGACCAGGGAAUCAGAGGACCUGGAGUAUCAGCCUCUACCUGUAAAUGUGUGCGUGUAUUGGACGUCAGUGCCGGAUCAUUUGGUUGUUCCUCAGCUCGGAUCCAAGGUGUUUACGUUUGCGAUGACUGUAGAUAAGAACAGGACUGUGGCUAGAGAAGAGCUAUUUAAAGUAUUACAGGAAGACACGAAGGUUCUGUACCAGAGGCACGUGGAUGCGUGGCAUGAGCUGUACACACAAGCGGGUAUGGAUAUCGAGGGAAACCUGCAGUUGUCGAAGAUAGUAAGCGGCAUCUGGUACUAUUUCCUGAGCGCUCUGCCUUCCGAGUCCACCAGCCAUCCGCAAGAUCGGUUCUUCGGUCUCAGCCCCACUGGCCUUUCUCGAGGCGGCACAUUUGAAGACUAUGAAGGCCACAACUUCUGGGACACGGAAACGUGGAUGUUUCCAACCAUCCUGCUCCUGUACCCUCGAUAUGCAAAUUUACUGCUGCAGUACCGGCUAGACACUGCUCCCGUCGCCGAGCGCCUCGCACAUGAAACUGGUCAUAAGGGUUACAGAUACCCGUGGGAGAGUGCGUACACGGGCAGCGAAGUGACGCAGCCAUGCUGCCCCGCAGUGGCAGAGUUUGAACAGCACGUCUCGGGGUGCAUCGCUUUUGCAGCGCGACAAUAUCUCGCCGUCACACGGGACGAGCAUUGGUUGAAGCAUGGCGGAUGCGAUAUCGUGACCCGCAUCGCUGACUUUUGGGCAUCUCGGGCUGUGAUAAACUUUACCACGGGGCUCUUCGAUAUUUCGAAUGUGAUGGGGCCGGAUGAAGACCACGCUGAUGUUAGAAACUCAGUUUUCACUAAUGUCGUUGCUGGUUACUCACUUUAUUUAGCACAAUAUGUUUCUUGUCUCUGCAAGUCUUACUUCAUCACAGACCAUGCAGAAAAGUGGGCAGACAUCGCUUGGAGUCUGGCUCUGCCCUACGACCCAGAGCAUGACUACCAUCCGCAAUACGAGGGCUAUAAAAGAGGAGAAAGUAUUAAACAGGCAGACGCUGUGCUGCUGGGAUUCCCGCUACAAUAUCCAAUGAACAGGACAACACGAGCAAACGACCUCUCAUACUACGAAUCGGUGACACGAGAGAGCGGACCGGCAAUGACCUGGAGCAUGCAUGCGAUAGGGCUUCUGCGACUAGGGGACAUACGGAAGGCUGCGACGAUGUUCAACAAGAGCUAUGAGGAUUACGUUAGAGAGCCUUUCAAGGUGUGGAGCGAGAACCGGCGUCCAAAAAUCGGUGCAACAAAUUUCUUCACUGGCAUGGGCGGGUUUCUGCAGGCGCUCGCGUUUGGGUACGGCGGCGUGAGCAUACACCUCGAUAGGCUGGUCAUCUACAAGCCUCAGUUGCCACCUGAUUCCACAAGAUUGAGAAUAAGAGGUCUUAAAUACCUCGGCGCCAGCCUAACUCUGGACACUCAAGAGUCGCAGACGACGUUGUUCGUUGCUUCUGUCGAUGACAACUGGCCACUUAAGUACGAUGAUGGAAAGAACAACAUCACUUUAGCUGCGAAAAUGACCUUAACAUUAAUUGGAGACGGUCCGUUCACGAUCCGCUCUGUGCCGUGGAAGGACUGUAAACUGCCGGCUGACGUCAUCGGUAGAAACCACCUGAGACCAUAGAUUAAUUAGGCUAUUUUAAUUAAGUGUGAGGAACAGUAUAAGUUUAAGAGCGGCACAAGUUAAAAAACGUAAUACAAUACAUGAAGUCCAAUAUGUAAAUCUUUGGCUUGAACCAGCGGUUCUGAAAGCUGUAAGGAAAAAGACCGCCAAGAUAUAUUUUAUGUAUUCUUUGUUUGGUUGGAGAUAGUGAAAUUUUUCAGAAAAUUGUAACUAUAGGUGUCUGUUGCUAGCAUACGUGCUUUAAAUUGCUUAUUGUAAAAAGUAUUCACGUGUUGCUAGAAUUUUUAUUGAGAUUUAUUUUAUCAUUUGAUACAUAGAAGACCAAUUUUGUGGUGUCCGUCCACCAAAUACCAAAUUGUAAAAAACAUGGAAGAGGUUUUAAAUUAAAUAAUAUCAAAUAAAAUGUUUGUUUUAUUUCGAUUGUAAUAAUAUUUUUUAAUCCGAAUGUACAUUUUAUCAAAAAAUAUUUACAAUCUCAUUGCGCACAGUCUCGUGCGAGAUUAAAAUAAUUAACAUAUAAUAACAUCAUUAAUGUCUAUCACCCUUGGAUCACUAAUGAUCAAUUAAGUAUAUUUAAAUUACAAACAUUGCAAUUACAAUUAAAUAUAUAUAACAAUUAGCACCAUUUUAAUGAGUACUUAGAUGAUAAUUACAUAAGCUAAAUACUAUUCAUUCAUAUAACACAUUUACAUCAACUUUAUACCACACACAAAGUACCAACAUAACUACCGACUUACUCAUUACAGUCAGCAUGAGAAGUAUCUAAGCGGGUAAAGUUUUUUAAUUAUUUAAUAUAUUUAUAGCUCACCGCUGGGCGAGUAACUAUAACUAUCGCCGUGUCUCUUUUAUUUACACGGGAGUGCUUAUCUUUUGUUCGUGUUUAUAGCCGAUAGCUCAUAGCUUACUAGCUCGCGGUGGGACCAGUGCCUUAUUCUCCUAACAAUAAAGUCGCGUAUAGAUCAUUUUGAUAUCCUUACCCGCUUAGCUACUUCAGCUGCUGACUGUACAGUAGUACUGAACAACUUCACAGAUAUUCACAAUAUACAAAUCCAAUUUCAAUAACAAUUUUUUGUCUAUUAAAAUCAUUUUUAAUAACCGUCUUCUUUAAAGGAACACCGGAGUAUAAUAAAUAUUGUGAUAUUUCUCACGUUGGCAUACCUAACUUAAUUAGGACAUUUUUAAAUUGUUUUUGGCUUAAAAAAAAUAGUAACAAUAUUUAAUAUCUUGACUACGUACAAAAUGUGAAACUUGGCAGCAUGAUUUUGUAAGAAUAAUUAUUAUAAAUGAAAUAAUAUCUGUGUAAAAUGUCCCUGAUAUUUAUUUAAUAUGUAAAGGAAUGAAACGAAAAUUCACGUAGGUAAUUGUUAGAUCUAAAAUAUCUAUCAUCAAAUCCCCAAAUGAUACCUACUACCUACCAUCAAAAUUGUACAAACAGGUACGAUAUUACAUCACAUCGAUAGAUAAACCAGAGCACACGUGUGCAGUUACGAAAUACUUAAAACGAGUCCAAUAACAGGUGUAUCAGCAAAUGCAAGGUCAGAUGUGCAAAGAGCAUACCAUUGAUAAUUAUA